AUGAGCGAUGAAGAGGAAGAGGAAGAGCAAGAGGAUCCCACAUUCUCCCUGAAUAAUAUUACCGCCGCCAAAACGGCCCUUGAGACUUUAGAAAAGCUUAGCAAGCUUGAGACCCAGGAGUUUCUCAUCCUUACUGAACUAACAUCCACAUUCUGCGACUCAUUGUGGGACCUCAUCGAUUCCAAAUACCCGGAUCUCAGGAAAACAUCUAUUCCAGACUAUGGGAUAUUGGAGCUCAAAAUGCCAUCACACAAGAAGAAGGAACCCGACACUGCCAUAAUUUGCAUUCGCGCUUCACCCUCCGCUCCUGGGAAGUCUGCCGUCCCAUCAAUACUUGUCGAAGCUGGCUAUUCUCAGUCCUACAAAAGCCUCGUGGAAAGCGCUCGCAGAAUCCUUAUUGGAGGUGCGCCCGCCGUACAGCUCGUCAUGAUCGUCAAAUUCUCUAAGCGCAAACUCGGAGUCGCUGUCCGUUUAGAAUUUUGGAGGCGAGAUUUAGCUGGGACUCCUUAUCUUGCGGAAACACGGCAUGUUUUCCCCAUUCCUCCUACUCAACAAAGCCCCAUCUUCUUCACCCGCGAAGAGCUAUUUGGGACGGGCUUCAUCUUUCCACGCUGA